AUGCAGCCACUGUUUAGCCCGCCGCUUCACAGACAGAGACAUCAAUUUGUCAUCGAUUUUGUCAAGAGGAAUAAACCUAAAAAGGUGGUGGAUUUGGGCUGUAGUGAGUGCGCACUACUGAAAAAUCUCAAGUUUUGCCGAGAUAUUGAGCUGCUGGUUGGAGUCGACGUGGACGGUUCCAAAAUUAAAAAGAGGAUGCAUGACUUGGCUCCUAUAUCAACAGACUAUCUGCAGCCAGGUUACGAUCAGCUGUGCAUAGAGCUGUACCAGGGCUCAAUCACACAAAAAGACACACGGUUAAGAGGAUUUGAUCUGGUGUCCAGUAUAGAGCUCAUAGAGCACCUCCAUCUUGCUGAUGUGAAGCUGUUUUCUGGCGUGGUGUUUGGUUACAUGACCCCAGCGGCAGUUAUCAUCAGCACCCCAAACUCUGAGUUCAACCCCCUUCUCCCAAGACUGGCAGGUUUCAGGCACAGUGACCACAAAUUUGAGUGGACCAGAGCUGAGUUCCAGACCUGGGCUCUGAAAGUGUGUUUGAAAUAUGGCUAUGAGGUGGAGUUCACUGGUGUUGGACAGGCGCCUUCAGGACAGCAGGAGAGAGUCGGCUUCUGCUCGCAGAUUGGUGUGUUUCACAGGCUUGGGGGCGGAGCUCAUUGCAACAGGUUUUUUGGCGAUGAUGCAGAAGAUGUGUUGUCAUACACACUGCUGUAUAGCAUAAAGUACCCCAGCCUGCAAGACAAAAACAUCCUGCGGAGGGUCCUGGUGAGUGAGGUGGUGUACUGGGCAGAAAAACUGAAGAGGGAAUGGAUGGAGGAGAGGACUGGUGAGAUGGAUGGUGCUUUUACACUGAGCCAUACUGAGGAAGGAGAAAGAAGUGUCUGUGAGGGCCGCAUGGACAUGGAGGAGAAGCAGACAGGUUUGUCAGAGGCUGGAGGAGGUGUUUUGACAAAGGGGCAAGAACAACAGGAGUCGUGCACAUCACCCAGGUAUGUGUCUGUGCCCCUGGCUGUGCUGUGGGCCUGCUGUCCCAAAGUCAGUGUGCUGGGUGGAAGUCUCAGUAAUCUCAGACAUCUUUUAAUGGAUGACCCCGCAGUCAAACUCAGCCAAGACGGCUCUGCUGUGCUUGUUUAUAAUCAAGAACAAGACCAGGAGGAAGAAGAGGCUCAGGAUCACUGUGAUUUAGAGGACAGUGGGUAUGCAGGGGCCAACCAGUGCUCCCACAGUGCCGUGGAAGAGGAAGACUGGGAAGCUGUUUGAUCCUGAAGAUAAAGAUGGCAAGUAGAUGACUUGAAAACAU